CAUCGCCGCGCGCGCGGCCCUUCCGCCGCCGGCCCGGAGGAAGGGGGAGUCGCCGCCGCCGCCGCCGCCGCCGCCCGAGUCCGGCCUCCCUCCGUUCGCCGCCAUGGCCCGCAGACGCCGACGCCCGAUCACAUUUCAUCCCCUCUGAGGAUCCUGAGCGAGCUGCCUGGAUUGAAUCUAAUCCAGUCCACGCAAAAAGCAGAACUGCAAAAGAGAGAAGGGAACCGGCUGAACCGUUCAACCACCAUCCAGCCACCACCGGGACUGCCAGCCCUGGAUCUUCCUGCGGCUGCCGGUACCGCUGCCGCUAGAGAAAUCGGACUUGGCUGGAAAAAAACAGGAGCUUCUCAUCGGCCGGGCGAAGGAGGAGGAAGGGAUUCAGAAGGGAUGCUCGGCUGUUUCUGUUCCUCCUUCGGCCCCUUCCUCUUCCCUUUGGCUUAGGGGAGCUUCCCGGGAAGAGCCAAGCUCCUGUUUUCAUCCCUGUUAAAGAUGCACUUUCUGUUGGAUGCUGUCGUGGCGCUGAAGGCGUAAGGACGGGGGGGGGGAGACAUGUCGCAGAUGCUACACAUCGAGAUCCCCAAUUUUGGGAACACCGUGCUGGGCUCCCUGAACGAGCAGAGGCUGCUGGGCCUCUACUGCGAUGUCUCCAUCGUGGUCAAGGGCCAGGCCUUUAAGGCCCACCGGGCGGUGCUGGCCGCCAGCAGUUUGUACUUCCGGGAUCUGUUUAGCGGGAACAGCAAAAGUGCGUUUGAGCUGCCCAGCUCGGUUCCGGCCACUUGCUUCCAACAGAUCCUCUCCUUUUGCUACACGGGCAAGCUGACCAUGGCGGCCAGCGAGCAGCUGGUGGUGAUGUACACGGCGGGCUUCCUGCAGAUCCAGCACAUUGUGGAGAAAGGGACCGACCUCAUGUUCAAAGUCAGCUCGCCCCACUGUGACUCUCAAACGGCCAUGAUCGAAGAGGCCGGCUCGGAGCCCCAGAGCCCAUGCAACCCCGUGCAGAUGGCGUCCAUGCCUUACGUCAUGUCCCCUUCGCUGCCCAUCCCGCUCCUCACCCGGGUCAAGCACGAGAACCUGGAGCAGCAGACGCCGCUGCCGGCCAAGAGGGCCUUGGAGGGGGGCCUGCGAGACACGGCGGCGGGGAGCUCCUCGAGCACCACGGCGGUGAAGCUGUCCCGCGUCUCCUACUACGGGGUGCCCAGCCUCGGCCCGCUCAUCUCCAGCAUCCCGCAGGCUCCGUAUGUCCAGGGGGAGCGGACGAGUCCCGGGGCCAGCAGCAUCCCGACCACGGACAGCCCCACGUCCUACCACAAUGAAGAGGAUGAGGAAGAUGACGAAGCCUACGACACCAUGACGGAAGAGCAGUACGGGCAGAUGUACAUCAAGUCUACGGGCAGCUAUGCAGGGCCUCCAGAGAAGCCGGAGCAAAUUCCCGUGGAGAGCCGCUCCUGCGUCCUCAUCCGGCGCGAUUUGGUAGCUCUUCCGGCGAGUCUGAUUAGCCAGAUCGGUUACCGCUGCCACCCGAAGCUCUACUCCGAAGGCGAUCCUGGAGAAAAACUUGAAUUGGUUGCAGGUUCUGGGGUUUACAUCACCCGAGGACAGCUUAUGAAUUGUCACCUCUGUGCAGGUGUGAAACACAAAGUCCUCCUUCGACGCCUCCUGGCCACGUUCUUCGACAGGAACACCUUGGCCAACAGCUGUGGAACAGGAAUCCGCUCUUCCACCAGUGACCCCAGCCGGAAACCCCUGGAGAGCCGGGUGCUCAAUGCUGUGAAAUUGUAUUGUCAGAAUUUUGCCCCCAGUUUCAAGGAAAGCGAGAUGAACGUCAUUGCGGCCGACAUGUGCACGAACGCCCGCCGAGUGCGGAAGCGAUGGCUGCCCAAGAUUAAGUCCAUGCUGCCCGAGGGGAUGGAGAUGUACCGGUCGGUCAUGGGCUCCACCACCGCCAAUGUCCUCCUGGACCCCGAAUUCCAGCCUUCCAGCGCUCAGAUGUUUGAACAACGGAUCUACACGGAAAGGAGAGGGGAUUCUGGGACGAUUGUGGCCCUCAGAACUAACACCGUGACGGUCGACCAGAGCAACGGCACCGCCCCCUUGUUUGAGCCGAGCGAGGAGGGUGAAGGGGCCAGCUCGGUCAUCCAGGAGUCGGCCGGCCCAGAAGCCAUGGCUUCCGAUACCCAAAGCACCUCACAGCCCUUCGAAGAAGGAUCGGGGUCCCCCGGCCGGCCGGAAACUCCUGCGGGACGGCCGGAGGCGACCUACGGGGCCCCCUUAUGAACCAGACCGCCAAGGGUGGGGUGUCGCUCUCUGGAAGGAUCUGUAAUCCUAAAGCUGCUUGCAUGUUCUUAUUAAUUAGAAAAGAAACAAAAAACAACAACCACCACCAACCAACACCCCGUCCCAUAUGAUCAAACCAUUUACCUACUGAACUGCUACCGUUGCCUGAGAAAAUUUGAUUUUUGAGUCUGCUUGUGUUUUUAGGAUCGAUGAAGGCGUCGCCCGGUGGGAAGAGCCCCUUUGUUCCCAGAUUGGUACAGAAAGGAGUAGCGGGGGUUCCUCCCCCCCCCCCAAAAAAAAUAAGGAACAAGGCUAUGUUCACUCAUCCCACCGCCGUCCUGUUUAGCAGCAAAGAACCGGCCCAUCUGGGCUUGGGAGAAGCUAGCUCUGAUCAUUAUCCUGGUUUGAUUCACUUCAGUUUGACGCAGGUCCUCGGCUCGGAUCUUCGAGUUGAGCCCUUGGAUUGUGGAGCAACACGGAAAAACUCCCCUAACCGCUGCUGUAGGAAACGGGGAGCUGCAUUUCCCGCACCCGUGGGUAUAAAAAGUUGGGAUAUCUUUCCUUCCCACCAUUCUUCUCCUCCAACUUCUCACGCAUUUUCUCCUUGCGUUUUCUUCCCUGGUUCCCGGAGGGCAAGACAAGACCAACUUCAGUCUGGUCCCCUGGCACCCUUGCAAAGAAAAUGAUGAUUUUGAGGAAAUGAGGAAGCUCUGGGCAAAAAACAUUCUGAGUUUAAGGUAGUUUUGAGAUAUCUAGGUUUCCUACCUAGAGCCGUUUCAAACUUGAUUGCUUUUAAAAACGGUGGGCUUCCAACUCCCAGGAUUCCCCCAGCCAGCACGGAAUUCUGGGAGUUGGAGUCCAUCCAUCUUAAAGCGACCGCCAAGAUUGUGACGCAUCGGUCUCAAGCCUUUUGAAACGACGCAUCUGAACCGGUCCUGCUUAGUUGCUCAGGGCAAAAUGGAGAUUUUUUAGGGUGGGGUGGGGGGGUGAUGUAUGGUGGGAACCAUAGGCUUCUCGGGCUCCUUCUCCCAGGAAUGGGUGAGCUGCUUCGAGCAAAAUGCAUGCCGUGUAGCUCUCAUGGAUUCCCCCCACCCCGUUGUUUUUGAAUCUAACUUUACGAGAGAAAGGAAGAAUUGCUCUCUUUGCGUCGGGGAUUAUGCUCUCUAGGCGAAUAGCCGGCUUCAGAUUCCCCCCUGAUCCCCCAAUCCAUUCGGUCAUUCUCCCCAAACUACGACUGGAAGACCUAAUCCUGUUGUGGCGACUGAGCUUUGCUUUGACAAGGUUGAGGUUGUGAUAGGCAUGAGAGCCUCCCAGCUGUUGGCUGCUUUGCUUGGCAUUGAGCUUCAAGGGAGAUGAAAGAGGAGCCUGCCUCCUCUUGGGGAUUUCAAGGACUUUUCAAUUUAUUUUCCUGGCAGCAAUAAGAAACUAGAAAUUAAUUU